AUGGGGAACUGCGCCGGCGUGCAGGGGAACGCCGAGAUCAACCCGACCUUCAGUGCUCCCAACACCUCAGGUAACAAUUCCAAGAGCAGCAACAGCAGCAAUGCGACUGAUACCAGCACUUUUGGCAAGAGUUCUUCGUCGUCGGUGCCACCGACUCCUCGGACCGAGAAGGAGAUCUUGCAGUCGUCCAACCUCCGCAAGUUCACCUUCAGUGAGCUGAGAAGUUCCACAAGGAACUUCCGGACCGACAGCCUGCUCGGGGAGGGGGGCUUCGGCUCCGUGUUCAAGGGGUGGAUCGAUGAGCGCACGUUCACGCCCGUCAAGCCCGGCGCCGGGAUGAUCGUCGCGGUGAAGAAGCUCAAGCUGGACAGUUUCCAGGGGCACAAAGAAUGGCUGGCUGAGGUCAAUUACCUGGGGCAGCUAUCACACCCCAAUCUUGUGAAGCUCAUCGGCUAUUGCUUGGAGGACGAGCAGCGGCUUCUCGUCUACGAAUUCAUGCCCAAGGGUAGCUUGGAGCACCAUCUUUUCAGGAGAGCUCCACAUUUCCAGCCCCUCUCAUGGAAUUUACGGAUGAAGGUUGCUCUUGAGGCUGCCAGGGGACUUGCUUUCCUGCAUAGCGAUGAAGCUAAAGUUAUAUACCGUGAUUUCAAGACCUCCAAUGUUCUUCUUGACUCGGAAUAUAAUGCGAAACUCUCUGAUUUUGGCUUGGCAAAAGAUGGCCCAAGUGGCGAUAAAAGUCAUGUUUCUACUAGGGUCAUGGGGACUCAAGGAUAUGCUGCCCCUGAAUAUCUUGCAACAGGCCACUUGACCACGAAGAGCGAUGUCUACACCUAUGGUGUUGUUCUUCUAGAGUUGCUGACCGGGCAACGUGCUCUGGACAAGAACCGCCCGCCUGGACAGCAUAACCUGGUGGAGUGGGCAAGACCUUACAUCAACAGCAAGAGGAGGGUCAUCCAUGUCCUGGACCCACGAUUGGGGUCGCAAUAUUCGCUCCCCGCGGCGCAGAAGGCGGCAGCGCUUGCAAUGCAAUGCCUGUCGAUGGACGUCCGGUGCAGGCCGGACAUGGAUCAGGUCGUGACCGCGCUGGAAAAGCUUCCGGCGGUGAAGAAAACAUACAAGUAUACAUCGGCUUUGUAA